AUGAUUGAACUGGUCCAGCAGCUAACCAACAAGAAUUUGAAAGUCGCAGAGCUGGUGGAAGAGGAGGAAGAAGAGGAGGGAGAAGAAGAGGAGAGCAGAGGGCGCUGUGAGAGGCACCAGCAGGUCCUGAGCCUGUUCUGCAAGGAUGACCUGGAGCUCCUAUGUACCCAAAGCUGCUGCUCAUCACAGGCAGAGGCUCAAGAGCUGCCUGGGAAGGCUGGGGAAGCAGCUGAAGGAGGCAGAAACGAUCUUCGAAAACCGGGUGUGGGAGAGGAAAAUGUUCUUCAGAACAGGCUAUCGAGACAAAUGGCAGGAUUUUCCAAGAAGAUCAUUGAUGGCCAAACCCAGCUGUCAGAUGUUGGCUCCAAUCUCAAGUCGCUACUGAGAGACAUCCUUGGUCUGCAGCUGCAGACGGACCUGACGCUGCUGAGGGGCGCUGGACAUAUGCUCAGACAGUGGCGCCAAUGGGGAGGCCUGGAGCUCACCCCAACCUUUCCCUACCAAUAUGUAGAGCCGGCUCUCCUGUUGCCUGUUACUGGCCUGCACAACCUCAAGGACCUGCACCUGGCCUGGAGGCAGCGCCAGAGUCUGGGGUUCCCUGAGGCCCCUUCCUGGGAGCACAAAAGGGAGAGUCCCUCUCUGCCCCCCAGCUACAUCGGCUUGGACAACAUGAGGGCCAAGUUCCAGGUGCACCUGACGCUGGACUCCGAGACUGCUCACCCGGAACUCUUGAUUUCCCACCAGACUACCUCCAACUACUGCCAGGAGGGCGCCCAGCCCAGCCCUGGCAUGCGUCCCCGUGCCUUCACCUCCCACGUAGCUGUCCUGGGGGUCCCGGGUUUCGGGGGUGGUCGGCACUUCUGGCAGGUGCAGAUCCGCGGCUUGGGGGUGUGGUGUCUGGGCGUGUGCACCGAGGCCUUCUCCAGGGACACUCGGGCCGCGCAGACCCCGCGCAAUGGCUGCUGGCAGGUGCCCCUGACCGUGUCCCUGAGCCUGCCCCACCUCCCACAGGGCAAAGCAGCUGUCGCCUGCUUCAGGGUCUUCCUGGACUACGAGUUGGGGGAGAUUUCCUUCUACAACAUGAGCAAGAAGACCCACCUGCUUCCCCAGAUGCCCCGGGCAGCUCUUGAGCCUCUGCCGGUGAUGAACAUCAGCUCCUGUGAUGGCUUGUGGAUCAUGGGUUCCUGCAACAAAAUCCUGGCACAGUGGGCAGUGGGCUUCUGCAUGAAGCUCAGCUAG